AUUUUCAGGGAUUCGUUUAACUAACGAUCUAUUAUCGAUCGAUACAUAGUGGAUAAUGAGUGACGAUCCGUGUGAAUGUUUAUUCAAUCAUGAGAACGCAAUGAGGCGUUUGCUUUCAUUGUUACGGGAUUCACAAGGUUAUUGCACGGAUUCCGAAUGUGUUCAAGAUUUGCCGGGUCCACAAGGUGCAGGUUUUGGUGCCAGCAAUUUAAUGAUGAUUGCCAUUUUGUGGGCUAUACUUGCAGUUGCGAUGUUUAUGUUGCGUCCAAAUUCGAUGCGCUCAAGAACAGAUCCAUUGGGGAAACCCGGACCUCGUUCGGAUGGUGAUACUCCUGAACCGCCAGCACCUAAUGCACAUUAAUAUAUACAACCAUCAACUCAUCCACUGAAGUUCAGCAAUGAAGCAAAACAAUAAUUAAUCCACAGAUGUUCUUCCUACCUUUGUUUGAAGUGUUUCACAAACGAAUGGUAUAUUAAUAAUAGAAGGGUAUAGUCACCUCAGUGAAUGAGUGCUAAUUUGUCAGCACAGUUCUUGUAAAUAUUAAUUUUUCUGAUUAUACUUUUCCGAUUUUAUCAGCAGUUUUUUGAAAUACACAGGUUGUGAAUUUAAAUAGUGGAGGUAGUCCUUUUUGCACAUCCUUGUAAGUAAAGUUUGGACUUUUCUUUUGCUUUUCCAUAUUCGUUCCAGACAUUUCUUUCAAUUUUAUUCCAUUCUAAACCUCGCUUUAUUGUUGUAGCAAGAAAAGAGAUUAAAAUGAACCAGUAUGAACUUUUGAAUUGAACAAUUAUACACUGUAUAGUGAGACAGUAAGUGGGAAAAAGCUAUAAUUCAGGUAAUACUCCCAGUUAGUGAUGAUUUUGUAAUCUCUGAGAACUGUGAUUUUUCUCCAAUUAUUGAAUGUUUUUUUCGCUGAUUUGCUGGAAAAACAAGUGAAUUUCUCUUUUCGGCGAUAAAAAUGAACACAGCUGUCCUUUUCCUUUUUUAUUAGAUAAUAAGUGAACAGAUAUAAUUUCGCUUCAGUAUAAUGUUUGCAUCAUUAUAGCAUCUUAUUGCUGCUAUUUUGAGCUUUUCUUUCGUUGAUGGUACGAAAAGCAGCAAACUCUUGCUCAUCUAUCCAAUUUUUUUUACCAUGAAGUUUUAAUGAAUUCUGUCUGGUUAGCCUUCCUUCUCCUUGCUAAUUAUCCCUUCCCAUUCAUUCUCAAUUAUCGUCCUCCUUCAUCCAUCCUCCAAUCAAAACUUUGUAAUUGUUGUAUGACUUAUGAAAUGUAUUUAUACUUUGAUGGUUCUUAAUCAAAAAAAGAAAACUUUUUCGGGA